GAAUUGGAGUUUCUUUGCGGUCCCCACCCCAGAGGAUUGCAACAAAGUAUAUAUAAAUACCUUCAAACGACCGCCACGUCUGCGACGCGACGUCUUCACGGUCUUUCACUUCCCUCAGUACUAUUUCCACCUCGACUACCGUCGUAGCUACCCGUAGAAAUUCGACAGUCUACCUUAGGGUUGUCAUUCGCGCUAUUCAACAUAAUGCGUAUGUUCAACCCUUGACAGCUAUACAUAGCUGUAAACUAACACGUCCCUCCCAGCUGCAAUGUCCAUGUCUGCAGUACACCCUGCCCUUAGAUCAUCAACUCCCAUGCCAUACGUUUCUUCACCACUCGCUGCAUCGUCAAUGAACCCCCCUUCUGGCCCCUCGAGAGCAUCGCCUAUGCGACCAUCAUUCCCUCACUCUCGGCCUUUGCGACCAUUCGGUUCAAUAGCACAAAACCGCUCGUCGCUCUCAUCAAAAAAACCUGUCAAGUUCAUAGAACCACCAAAGAACUCAAAGACAGUCUUUGUACUUGACUUGACCCAGGGAGAGCUUAGCAGGCAGGAUUGACCUUGCGGGAUACAUGUGUUGCUCUUGCACUAGACUCAUUGGAAUACCCUGGACGCAUAGAUCGACCGCCGUUCGGCGUAUCGCCCCAAACCCUUUCCCCCAAUGUUGUAUGAUCGGUGACUUC